AUGCCCAAACACACAAUUUAUAUUUGGCUAGUUUUCGUGUUUUUUUUUUUGGAGCUAGCCAAGUGUGGGAUUCCAGGUUUACACAAGUGGGUUAUUAGUAAUUUCCCUAGUUGUGUAAAAAUUGUGGAUAGGAAUAAAUUAGUUGAUUGGCAUUGCAUAGAUAAAUUAAAAAAAAAAAAAGAAAAAUAUAAAAAAAAUAAUGAUAAUGAUGGUGAUAAUAAUUAUGGUAACAAUAAAGAUGGUGAUAAUAAUUAUGGUUAUAAUAAUUAUGGUGACAAUAUGAAUAAUACAUAUAAUAAAUAUAAUAUACGUAAUGAUAAAGAUAAAUCAUUUUGUAAGGAAGAAAAAAUAUUUGAAGUGGAUAAUUUAUUAUUUGAUCUUAAUCAAUUACUUCAUAAAGCUAAUGUGAAAUUUAUUAAUUAUGAUAAUUAUUUUUUAAAACUAACAAGAUUAAUUAAAAAUGUUUUAAAAAAAUUCGAGCCCAAGAAAAAUGUGGUAUUUGCUAUUGAUGGUAUUUGUCCAUUUUCUAAAUUAAAACUACAAAUUAAAAGAAGAGCCAAAAGUAAAUUAAAAAAUAAAGAAAAUCAUCUUGUGAAUGAUAUAACAUGUGGUAGUAUAUUUAUUAAUAAAAUCUCAAAGUUUCUUGUAAAUUUUUUAAAGCAUUUAUUAUCGUUUGAAAAAUAUGAAAAUGUGAGGUUUUUUAUUUCAACUGAUCAGGAAGUAGGAGAAGGAGAACUCAAGCUUAUGAAUUGGAUAGUCAAUUAUGUAAGCAAUGAAAAAAAAAAUAAAAAUAUACAAAUAAAGACAGAUAAACAGAUAAGAGAAGAUAAAAAAAUAGGAAAUGUGAUAGAAAUUAAAAAGGACAAUAUUAUGAAUCAUUCUGAUUCGAAACAAGAAAGGUUUAAUGAGAUAAAAAAUGAUAAUUUUAAAUAUGAAGGAAAUAAAAAAUUUAUGUCAAAUAAUAAAAUGAAUAAUUCAAUUAAUUAUGAAACAUUAAAUGUGGAAGAAGAAUCUUUUGUUAUUGUUGGUGCCGAUGCGGAUUUAUUAUUACAAUGUUUGUCUUUAAAAAAUGUUCAUAAUAUAUUUAUAUACACAUAUCAAAUAUUUGAUGUAGAAAUAAAUGACAAUAAUAUGAAGAAGGAAAAUUAUCUUAUAGAAAAUAAAGUGAUGAAGGGUGAUCAUAGUUUUAAUGGAGAUAGAAAUGAUGUAUGUAAAAUGGAUAUGAAUUAUAUAAAAUAUGAGGAUGAUAUUACUUGUGAUAAUAUACAAACUAAUAUUACAAAUGGAAAUAAUAAUAAUAUAAAUAUAAAUAAUAUAUGUCGAAUGGGUGAUGAAAAACAUAGUGAAAAAAUCCCAUUAAAGACACAACCCAUUGAUGGGCAUAAUGUUAAAAAGAAAAAGAUUAAAGUCUUAUACAAUUUAAAAACAUUUAUUAAUUUAUUUUUAAAGAAAUAUCCUAAUUGGUUUCAUAAAAUUAAAGCCGAUUUAUUAAUUCUGUUCAUAUUAAAAGGUAAUGAUUAUCUUCCAAAAAUUAAAGAAGGAAAUUUUGGUAUCUUCUUUGAAGCAUAUUUUAAAAUGUUAGAGAAUAAAAAGAACAUGAUUAAUUGUAAAGAAAAAGAAUAUAAUAAUAAUAAUAAUAAUAAUAAUAAUAAUAAUAAUUAUAAUACUUAUGAAGGUUUAUUAAAUAGUAAUACUUACAAAAUAAAUAAAAAAGAAUUUUUAUUAUUCUUAAAUGAGAUACAAAAAAUUGUAAACUUUACAAAUAUAUAUAAUAAUAAUAAUAAUAAUAAUAAUAAUAAUAAUAAUAUACAUUAUUGUGACUCUAAUAGUAAAUCUUUUAUACAAUAUGAUAAUAAAUUUUGUAUGAAGCAAAAUAAUACAUAUUCACCUUUAUUGUUAUUAAAUGAAUUAAUUAGUAAAAAAAUAUUAGAUAAAGAUACAUUUACAAUAAAUGCUAGUAAGAAUGAAAAUGAUAUGUUUGAAUGUAAUUUAAUUUAUUUUAAAAAUAAUAAAAAAUAUAUUUAUUCAUCCCAAUCCAAAAAAAAAAAAAACGCUAUGCAUUUAUCAUCUUAUGAUUUUUUAAAUGAACAUUUCCCACAUCUUAUGAAAUAUAUAGAUAAAGACUACUUUGAAAAAAAUAUUAAACAAUCUGAUAACAAUAUAGAAAUUUUAAAUAAAAACGAAUGUAAUAUAAAUAAAAUAGAACAUAUUCAAAAUGUUGAUGAAAAUAAUAAUAAUAAUAGUAAGUGUCAUGGUGUGCAUAAUUUAAAAAAAAAAAACUUAAAAUGUUAUGAUGAAAAUUAUAAUAAUAUUGGGAAGAAUGAUAAAGUGGAUAAUAAUAUAGAUAUGGAGAAUUAUAUAAAAAAUUUUUAUUUAGAACAUUGUCAAGAUAAAAAAAUAUAUAAAGAAGAAAUGGAUAUUGUUGAGAAUUAUAUAGAGGGGAUUCAUUGGCUAGUUGAAAUGUAUAAUAAAACAUAUUGUAUAAAUUUUAAUUUUUUUUAUAAGUAUAUGAUAAGUCCAUCUUUAUUAAGUUUAUAUUAUUAUUUAUCAACAAAUGGAGAGGAUACUUAUAAUAAUAUAAAAAGUAUGGAUCAUUAUAAUAAUUAUAAAAAUAAAUAUAUGGAUAUUAUUCAAAAAAUAAAUUUAAAUAUAUUCAAAAGUAAUCUGGAGUAUUAUGAUUUUAUUAACUUUUGUGUAGAUAAAUAUAAUAGUUUAAAAAUGAAUAUAAAAAAAAUGAGUACAUGUGGAAAUAAGGAUACUUCAUAUAAUGAUGAAGAAAAAAUAAAACAUACUGACGAUAUGAAAUAUGAAAAAAGAUUUAGUUAUUUUAAAAAUAUAUAUAAUAUUUUAUUUUCUAAUAAUUUAAUUAUUAUAAAAGAUAGUAUAAAAAAAUUAAAUGAUGUUUUAAAAAGUCAAGUAUAUAAUAAAAGAAUAAUUAAUUAUUAUUGGAAUGUAUAUACAAAAAAGAGAUUAAAAAAAUUUUAUAAAAUCAUUUUUUUCAAAGCAGGAAAGAUGUUUGUAUCCAAAUUUUCUUUAUUUAAUUUACAUUUUGAACAAUUAAAAAAGAAACAAGACAAUCAAAAUUAUUCAAAUGAUACAAAUUAUGAACAACGUCAUCAAAAGUUACAACAAAAUGAAGAAGAUAAUACAUAUAAUAAUAUGGUCAUUCGAAAUAAUUUCUUACAUUCUAUAUUUAAUAAUAAUAAAUGUAUUAAAACAAAUAGAAAAUUUACAACUAAUUCGUUCAGACCAGCUGAUGAUAAAAGUAAAGUUAUCAAAGGAUGUUUUAAGAGGAAAUCGAUUAGAUGGAAAUAUCAUUAA